GCAGUCCACCGCUCAGCUGUCACACUCAGCUGCCCGCGCGUCCACUCCACAGGAAACUUCUCACACCGCAGUCGUAUAUACCACACACACACACACACAUAGUAUAUACCACACACAGACAAAUCUUGCACACCAAGUGUAAACAGCUUGUGAUAGAUAGGAGGACUCCACACGGCCCCGUCUGUUUGCGUGUUGAUCCCUUCAGCAGACCCUGCUUCUCCUGUCCGCAGCGUCCACCAUGAGUUACUACAUGGAUCCAGUUUCUUCCUACCCGGCCCUUCACCCCUGUGACCGUCUGGGCGCAAUGAGGCACAGUGGUGGGAUGGCAGUGGGCCUUCAGAUCCACCCUCCAGGUGUGGUUCAUCCCCAGCACCAGUACCACCCAUCACAGCCCCUUUACAUCCAGGAUAUCCCCCUGCAGGAGGUGCCCAACGGACACGAUAUGGGUCCUACAGAUCCGGAGUGUGGAGAUGUUCCCCUUCUCACUCCAGGAAGUAAAGAGAUGAUGUCCCAGGCUCUGAAGGCCACCUUCAGCGGCUUUACAAAGGAACAGCAGCGGCUUGGUAUUCCCAAAGAUCCCAGACAGUGGACAGACAACCAUGUGGCUGAGUGGCUAACAUGGACAGUGAACGAGUUCAGUCUGAAGAAUGUCGACUUUGAAAAGUUCUGCAUGAACGGAGCCAGCCUGUGUGCGAUGGGGAAGGAUCGCUUCCUAGACUUAGCGCCUGACUUUGUGGGUGACAUCCUUUGGGAACAUUUAGAAAUGCUUCAGAAAGAGGAUGCAAAGCAUUAUCCCAUCAAUGGACUGACCUCCAACUUCCAGGAAUCCCGUUAUACCUCAGACUACUUUGUCAGCUACGGAAUUGAACAUGCCCAAUGUGUCCCUCCUUCUGAAUACUCAGAGCCCGGCUUCAUCACAGAGUCCUACCAGACACUUCAUCCCAUCAGCUCGGAGGAAUUGCUGACGCUCAAGUACGAGAGUGAAUAUCCUGCUGUCAUCCUACGGGACACGCCCCUCAACCCGCUGCAGGGGGACUACUUCACUGUCAAACAGGAGGUGGUAUCCCAUGACAACAUGUGUGUGGGACGACUCAGCCGAGGUAAACUCGGAGGCCAGGACUCCUUUGAGAGCAUCGAGAGCUUUGAGAGCUGCGACCGGUUGACCCAGUCAUGGAGCAGCCAGUCCUCGUUCAGCAGCCUGCAGCGGGUACCUUCGUACGACAGCUUCGACUCAGAAGACUACCCCACUGCCCUGCAUAGCCACAAGCCCAAGGGCACUUUCAAAGACUAUGUGAGGGAGCGCUCGGACCUCAGCAAGGAUAAACCCGUCAUCCCCGCGGCAGCACUGGCAGGAUACACAGGCAGCGGACCUAUCCAGCUGUGGCAGUUUCUCCUGGAGCUGCUGACCGACAAGUCUUGCCAGUCCUUCAUCAGCUGGACAGGCGACGGCUGGGAGUUCAAGCUUUCUGACCCAGAUGAGGUUGCUCGGAGGUGGGGCAAGAGGAAAAACAAGCCCAAGAUGAACUACGAGAAGCUGAGCCGUGGCCUGCGCUACUACUAUGACAAGAACAUCAUCCACAAGACAUCGGGGAAACGCUACGUCUACCGCUUUGUCUGUGACUUAAAAAGCUUGCUGGGAUACACUCCUGAGGAGCUCCAUGCAAUGUUGGACGUAAAGCCCGAUACGGACGAGUGAAAGCAAAGAAGAAACAGGAAGUGAAGACAAAAGUUCAGGAGACACAAGGACUGGGGCUCAUAAAGUGGUCUUAACUUUUUUCAUAGAGUUGGUAAACCGUUUUUUGGGGACCAAAAAUGUUUUAAACGACUUACCAUGGCUUUGUUAAUUUCAACCUCCUGCCUCUCAGACCAUGUUUUAAAAGAAGGCACAAGCCAAACGCCUGUAUUCAUACCCUGUUGCAUUUGAGAUGUGUGUGCGCAUGUGUGUGUGAGCGUAUGUGUAAUUAUGUACCGGAAUUAUUUAGCAGCUCAAGGCAGAGGGAGCGCUUUCGGGUAUAGUUCAGGUUCCCUCCAGCCUAAGUAGCACAGUGUUGGAGACGAAAGUAUAAAGAAAGAAAGUCAGAGAAGACCAAGAGAGGAAAAGCAGAAUAAUUAAAUAUUGGGGAAGAGCAGGCAGAAGGUUCCUGUUGCCAAAACAUGAAUACCAAACUACGAAAGGUAUAAUGACAGUUACAUAAAUGCCCAAUGUUCUCUUUGACAAAGAGAGGAUUUUCAGCUUGGACCAAAAAGUGUCGUUUCCAAUUUGUGGUUUGAGGAGCGUAUAUGCUUGUGCCAGUAUUAUAUUAUUGAUGUUGAGAACACCCAAUGUAAACCAGGCAUAUAUUGGAGAGUUGUUGUCAUUUUUGUUGUCAAUUAAGGUAUUACAGUGGAACCAAACAUUAGAUGCCAAGUUUGUUUGUUUGUUCUCUAGGUGAGCCUUUAACUGAAAUGUGCUGAUUUGUUAUCAGUCAACACUAGACACUGGCCCUGUGCUUUGUAGGGUUUGAGGACCCGAUGAGAUUACUCAUAGCAAGAGUGUCUGACAGACAGACAUAUGAAAGUAGCCGUUGCUUUUGAAACUGACGCUUUCGCCUUUACAUUCAUGUUUGUCACCUCGUUGGAGACACAUAUUAUGACUGAAACUUAUGCAUUUUUGCAUACACCACCAGUAUUAGCAAACUGUAGACAAUCUAUGUGGGGAAAUUCAGGAGUCUUUAGUAAAAAGAGUUGUUUAAUGUGCAGAUUAGAUGCAUACUUUGUCGGUUCACUGUCCAUGUUAGUGUUGCUUUUGAAGUGUUUAAAUAGUCUUCUGACUGUCUAUAAAAUGAAAUCACAAGUGAAAUAUUUGAGUGAUUUUUCAAAUCCUAAGUAUGUCAGAUUCUUUUUUUUUUUUCUUUUGUUAUGCAAUACAUUGUGUCCAUUAGGAAGCGGCUGCAGUAUGUGAAGGUAAAGUGUAGGAAAAAGGGAUAGGCAAUAGAAACAUGGCGACCAGAAAGGUUCUGAAGUUGUGCAGGAUAGAUGAAGGUGUUUGAAAGGAAACUGUGGAUACUGCAGUUGAUGAUCACUUGUAAGAUCUGAUAGAGAAAGACUGACAGAAAUGACGCAAGUUGGUGGAUGCUUGGAAGUUGGCAUUACAUUGGUAGAGUACUUACUUUCCACUGUCAUUGAGGUUGGAUGCAUGAAUGCAGCUUGAACUUCAUUGCAAAUAGAGCUAGGGUUAGGGUUACAGCUAAUGACUAGUGGCAGACAUUUGCAUUUAAUUUGUAGAUCUGUGCCUACUUAUGUAUGAGCAAAACAAUAUAUAAUACAUACUGAAUAUUUACUGGUUAUAUUUGAGCAAAAAGGCAGUCGUUUCCUACCAACAGUGGGAACAGUGGCUGUACACUGGCCUUGUGGGAAAUGCCAAAGUGGAAUAUCAUCUUAGAAUACAAUGUUAUUGUUUACAGUGGCUGAAUGUUACCCAUAUGGAUGAAAAUAUCUUUUGAGAUGUCUAUUUGUACAGAUUGUAUUUCAUAAUGCUUUAUUGAGACCCAGAUUACACAAAUAAGCAAGAUACAAAGCAGGGAAAAUAACCAAAACCCUUGUGAGGUCUUUGGUCACGGUGCUUCGGGUAUCCUCCACAAUGUCAGAAGACAGGGACCAGAAUUCUCUCACACUUUUGGAAAGUGUUGACUUUUGUUUUAUCUUUUGUUAAUAUGAUGGAAAGCACACAAGCUUUAGGACAAAGAUAAAUGCCUUUGCUGAUAUGGGUUUCCCACUGAGUGUAGAACACAGAUGCUGGAUACGUGCUGAUGUUUAAUCGGUAACACGCUUGUCCGCCAUUAUCAAGCACUGACUCGUAAAACUCUCACCCAUGCACAUCAUCUGACAUGAGUAAUUCAACAAUUAGUAACAAGCUGCACUGCGCUUUCAUUGUUCUCUGCAUGUUGAUGUCACGGUUUCAAAAGACUGUUUUGUUCAGAAUAGUUUUCCAAUGUCAGUGUUUUAUGUCUGAAAGCUCUACACAUUUUCAAACAUAAUUGUACUGUUUGUCAGUGCCCUUGAAAUAGCUCCUCUUUUUCCCCACUAAAGGUCAUAAUAUCAGUUUGGUCGGCUUCACAAAAUACUGUGCUUAAAGAACUCCUUCCGUUACCUUAAAUGUUAGUAUUUUAAAGAAUAAUUUUGUCGGGAAAUAUACAAUUGUUAAAUGUCACAGAUUACAAUCUACUGCAGGUCUUAUGUAUUAAUGAACCUUUGUUGUGCAAGUGAAUACACACCAUUAGUUUGUGGCAUAUGCAUAUCUCAGAAUGGAUUCAGAAGGAACAUUUUUUUUUGUUGGAUGUUAUUGUUUUUUGUAUAUUUUAUAGUGUCUUUGUAUUUUUGUUAUGAGAUCAUUUUUAUUGUAUUUAGUUCACAAACAUUUGAAUAUUUUUCAAUAAUUUAUAUUUUAUAAAAGACAAGAGAUGCAGACAGCUGGUGCUUUCAUGGGAAUUUAAAGGUAGCGCAGGACAAAAUAAUGUAGCGUUUUCUUUUGUUUUUCUUUUUUAUUAUUUUUUUAUAUAUAGAAAACAGACCUGUCUGCUAGAGAAAAAAAGGCUGAUGCUGGCCCAUCAAUGAUUUCUGCUGGAAAGGUUUUAUAAACUGUAGCUUCUAUUUCUAAAAUGUACUUAAUGUACUUCAAAAUGUUAUAAAAUAUAUGUGAACAAAGAUUU